UACACCUGUUGGAAGCUCACAAAUUUAUACGGAGAGUUAAGGGAAAGUGGGAAUGGUCACUUCUGUGUUUGUUAAACUACAUUUUACUGAAGUUGGUUAUUUUUUUUUUUUUUCCCCAAGCUGGAAUUUAAACCUUACCCUUGAGGGCUCAGUACCUGGAAACAGCCAUGGAGUGGGAAAUACUUCCCACAUACUUACUGCUACUUUCUGUUUUCUUGAUUCAGCAAGUUUCUUCUCAAGAUUUACCAAGCUGUGCAGGGAGAUGUGGGGAAGGGUAUUCUAGAGAUGCCACCUGCAACUGUGAUUAUAACUGUCAACACUACAUGGAGUGCUGCCCUGAUUUCAAGAAAGCCUGCACCAUAGAGCUUUCCUGUAAAGGCCGCUGCUUCGAGUCCUUUGCAAGAGGGAGGGCGUGUGACUGUGACUCAGAUUGUAAGAAGUAUGGCAAGUGCUGUCCUGAUUAUGAGAAUUUUUGUGGAAAAGUGCAUAAUCCCACAUCACCACCAUCUUCAAAGACUGCACCUCCACCUCCAGGAGCAUCUCAAACCAUCAAAUCAACAACCAAACGUUCACCCAAAGCACCAAACAAGAAGAUGACUAAGAAAGUGAUAGAAUCAGAGGAAAUAACAGAAGAACAUUCUGUUUCUGAAAAUCAAGAGUCUUCUUCCUCUUCCUCUUCCUCUUCAACUAUUCGGAAAAUCAAGUCUUCCAAAAAUUCAGCUGCUAAUAAAGAAUUAAAGAAGAAACCCAAAGUAACAGAUAACAAGGAAAGAACACCCAAAAAGAAACCUACUCCAGAACCACCAGUUGUAGAUGAAGCUGGAAGUGGACUGGACAAUGGUGACAUCAAGCUGACCCCAACUCCUGACAUUCCUACUACCCAACGCAAUAAAGUUACCACAUCUCCCAAGAUUACAACCGGCAAACCAAUAAAUCCUAAACCCAGUCUUCCACCUAAUUCUGAUAUAUCCAAAGAGACACCUUCAACACCUAAUAAGGAGGCAACAGUUGAAACUAAAGAGACUUCUUUAACAAACAAAGAGACUUCAAGUGGAACAAAAGAGAAGACUACUUCAACUAAAGAGACAAGAAAUGCAGAGAAAAAACCUCCUAAAGAUUUUUUACCCACAUCCAAAGCUCCUGUUAAAUCUAUACCCGAAGCUGAAACUACAACCAAAUCCCCUGCUUCCACCACCACCAAGGAGACCACUCCCACCACCCUCAAGCCUGUUCCUACUACGCCCAAGAAGCCUACACCCACCACUCCCAAGGAGCCUGUACCCACCACCCCCAAGAAGCCUGCACCUACCACUCCCAAGGAGCCUGCACCCACCACCCCAAAGGAUCCUACACCCACCACCCCAAAGGAGCCUACACCCACCACCCCAAAGGAGCCUACACCCACCACCCCCAAGGAGCCUACACCCACCAUCCCCAAGGAGCCUGCACCCACAGUCCCCAAGGAGCCUGCACCCACUAUGACCAAAGAACCUGCACCCACAGUCCCCAAGGAGCCUACACCUACCACCCCCAAGGAGUCUGUACCCACCACCCCCAAGGAGCCUACACCCACCACUCCCAAGGAGCCUGAACCCACCACUCCCAAAGAGCCUAAACCCACCACCCCCAAGGAGCUUGAACCCACCACUCCCAAAGAGCCUGCACCCACCACCCCUAAGAAGCCUGCUCCCACCACCCCCAAGGAGCUUGAACCCACCACUCCCAAAGAGCCUGCACCCACCACCCCUAGGAAGCCUGCUCCUACCACUCCUAGGGAGCCUAUACCCACUACCACCAAAAAGCCUGCCCCCACAACCCCCAAGGAGCCUACACCCACCACUCCCAAGGAGCCUACACCCACCACUCCCAAGGAGCCUGAACCCACCACUCCCAAAGAGCCUGCACCCACCACCCCCAAGGAGCUUGAACCCACCACUCCCAAAGAGCCCGCACCCACCACCCCUAAGAAGCCUGCUCCCACCACCCCCAAGGAGCCUGUACCCACAGCCCCCAAGGAGCCUGCACCCACUGCCCCCAAGGAACCUGCACUCACUGCUCCCAAAGACCCCACCCCGAAGGUCCCCAAGGAGCCUGCUCCAGCUUCUCUUGAGACACCUGCUCCAACCAUCUCAGAGGCCUCUACUACAACUACCACCAUGGAGCCUCCCACUACUCCCAAGAACCCUGCUGAAUCAAUUCCUGAGUUUCCUGCAGAACCCACGCCAAAGGCUGUGAAUAAACCCAAAGAAACCACAGCUGUGCCAAAAGAUACAACCACGAAUCCUAAAGUGUCAACUUCUAAACCCCGAAAGCCAACCAAAGCACCAAAAAGGCCCACUUCUACCAAAAAGCCAAACACAAUACCUAAAGUGAGAAAACCAAAGACUACAGCAACUCCCCCAAAGAUGACUACAUCGACAAUGCCAAAAUUACACCCUACCUCUUCGGCGGAAGCCAUGCCCCAAACUACCACCAGCCCCAGCCAAAGACUUAACUCAGAAAAAGUUGAAGUAAAUCCAAAUAAAGAUGCAGAUAUUGCUGGAGAAAAACCUCACAUGAUCCCCAGGCCCCCUGAUAUAUUGGUGAGAGGAUCCAAUCAAGACCUCGCCAUCAAUCCCAUGCUUUCAGAUGAGACUAAUUUAUGCAACGGUAAGCCAGUAGAUGGACUGACUACUUUGCGCAAUGGAACACUGGUUGCAUUUCGAGGUCAUUAUUUCUGGAUGCUGAGUCCAUUCAAUCCACCAUCUCCACCUCGUAAAAUUACUGAAGUUUGGGGUAUUCCCUCCCCCAUUGAUACUGUUUUUACUAGAUGCAACUGUGAAGGAAAAACUUUCUUCUUUAAGGAUUCCCAGUACUGGCGUUUCACCAAUGAUAUAAAAGAUCCAGGGUACCCCAAACAAAUUGUAAAAGGAUUUGGAGGACUAAAUGGAAAAAUAGUGGCAGCUCUCUCAAUAGCCAAAUACAAGAACAGACCUGAAUCUGUGUAUUUUUUCAAGAGAGGUGGCGGCAUUCAGCAGUAUAUUUAUAAACAGGAACCCAUCAAAAAGUGCCCUGGAAGAAGGCCUGCUAUCAAUUAUUCAGUGUACAGAGAAACAACACAGGUUAGGAGACGUCGCUUUGAACAUGCCAUAGGACCUUCUCAAACACACACCAUCAGAAUUCACUAUUCACCCAUCAGAGUCUCUUACCAAGACAAAGGUUUCCUCCAUAAUGAAGUUAAAAUGAGUUUACAGUGGAGAGGAUUUCCAAGUGUGGUGACUUCAGCUAUCGCACUGCCCAACAUCAGAAAACCGGAAGGCUAUGAUUACUACGCCUUUUCUAGGAAUCAAUACUAUAAUGUCGAUGAACCCAGCAGAACAGCAAGAGUCAUUACUACUCGUUCUGGGCGGAGCUUAUCCAAUGUCUGGUACAACUGUCCUUAGACCCACGGGCAAAGGAAGAGUCAACUAAUUAAAUGAAGAAUGAAAAAUUUUGACACUGAAAUAAAUUUUAUUAAUAAAGAAUGUUGAGAGAAGCAUACCAA